AUGUCAUUAAAGUUUUUAAAUUUAAAAUCAUUUCACCCAGGUAAUAAAAAUAGUCAAAAGAAAUUAUUUAUUGCAGAAGAAAGGGAAAAACAAUUAAAUAAAAGAGAGAAUGAAAGAGCAAAAGAAGUUUUAACAGAACAAGAAUUUAUUAAGAAUAGAGCACUUUUAUCUGGUUCAAAAUUAGAAGCUGAAAGAUCAAAAGUUAGCUUUUUAUAUACACUUCCACCUGGUGCUAUUGAUGAAAAGAAACAACAACAACAACAACAACAACAACAAUUAGAACAACAACAACAACCAAAAAAUGAUAAAGAUUUAAAAGACUUUGAAAAGUUUCCAAUUUUAGCAAAUGCACCAACAGAUGGAGUUAUAUCUAGUGAUAUUAAAUUAGUGCAUAAACCACUUGGUAUAUUAAUUAAUAAUGUAAAAUGUGCACGUUGUCAUAAUUGGGGUCAUAGAUCUGGUGAUCGUGAAUGUCCAUUAAUUGAUUCAAAUCCAAAUGAAUAUAAGAAUUUACAAAUGAAUGAUCCAAUGAGUAGUAAUAAUAAUAAUAAUAAUAAUAAUAAUAAUAAUAAUAAUAAUAAUAAUAAUAAUAAUAAUAAUAAUAAUAAUAAUAAUAAUAAUAAUAAUAAUAAUAAUUAUAAUGAAUAUGAUCAUCAAAAUAAUCAAGAUAAUAGAAAAAGAUUUAGAUUAAAUUCAAGUGCCUCAAGUCCAAAAUCUUAUGGAAGAGAAUCAAACCAUUAUUCAGUAGUAGAAGAUAUUAUUGAUAAUAAUAAUAAUAAUAAUAAUAAUAAGGCUAAUGAAGAAGAGGAUGAUGAUGAAGUUGAAAGAGAAUUUUUGGCAAGCUUAACUAAAAAACAAAGAAAACUCUUACUUAGACAAAUUAAAUUGGAAGAGAAACAAGCAAAGAAAAAAAAGAAAAAAAGAGAGAAAAGAAAAUAUAGUGAUAGCUCCGAUUCUGAUAGUGAUGGAGAUAGAAAGAAAAGACAUAAAUCAUCAUCAUCAAGAAAAAAAGAAAAAAAAAAUUCGAAUCAAGAUUUCAAAGAAAAGUCACAUAAUUAA